AUGGUUUAUUCUUCAUGACUGGAUCAAUUUUCGCUGUUUGAACACCUGCAAUUAUUUAUAAAACUAUACGCACUUAAAAAGCUGGUAAAUUUGAUCUGUUUGGUUAAAAAGUAGGAUCGGAAAUAAUUGUAGAUUUUUUUUGAUUGACUGUGAAUAAACAUGCGACUUUGGCGAUCUAGUAUUUUUAAAAGUUUGACAGAAUUUAAAUUAUAUUCUACAAAUAUUACAAAUGGCAUCAAAAACUGGCGGCAUAAAAAUGUUACUAGUGAAUUUGUGAAAAAGCUUUGUUCAGUUAUUGGUGAGGAUAAUGUUAAUACUUCCCUUGCUGUCCGAGAACAGUGUGGAACAGACGAAGGCUAUCAUGGAACUUCUCCCUCUGAUGUGGUUGUCUUUCCUCAGUCACGAGAUCAGAUUUCUGAGAUAGCAAAAUUAUGCAGCUCUUUUUGGGUCCCCAUGAUCCCUCGAGGUACUGGGACUGGUUUGGAGCAUGGAGUGGGAGCUACUAUGGGAGGUGUCUGUAUUGACUUAAGAUGUAUGACUUCUAUUAUAGAAGUGAAUGAAGAGGAUUUUGAUUGCACUGUAGAAGCAGGAGUGACAAGAAAGUCUUUAAACCAUCACAUUAAAGAUACAGGCCUUAUGUUUCCUGUCGAUCCAGGUGCAGAUGCUUCUCUAGGAGGAAUGGCUUCUACUUCUGCUUCAGGUACAAAUGCUGUACUUUAUGGAACUAUGAAAGAAAAUGUUCUGAAUUUGGAAGUUGUUCUUGCAGAUGGAAGUAUUCUUCACACAGCUGGUCCUAAUAGAAGGACAAGGAAAUCUGCUGCUGGAUAUAACUUGACUGAACUUUUUGUUGGAUCCGAAGGAACUCUAGGUAUCAUAUCUAAAGUCACUCUUAGGCUGCAUGCUGUACCACAGAUGAUGAUUUCAGCCAUUUGUUCCUUUCCAACAAUUCAGAAUGCUGUUCAGUCUGUUGUGCAUAUCCUUCAAAGUAGUAUUCCACUUGCAAGAAUAGAACUUCUUGAUGAAGUUUCUAUGGGAAUUUCUUGUUCAUACAGCAAAUUAGAUUAUCCUAUAGCCCCUAGUCUUUUUCUUGAAUUCCAUGGGAAUGAAGAAAGUGUGAAAAUUCAAGCAAAAGAAGUUGAAGAUAUAAUUAGAAUGAAUGAUGGCUCAAACUUUAUGUGGUCUGCAAAUGCAGAAGAACGGAAUAAAUUAUGGAAAGCACGGCAUGAAAUCUAUUAUGCAACAUUGGCUCAAAAACCUGGAUGCAAGUCUGUGGUAACUGAUGUUUGUGUGCCUAUUUCAAAACUAACAGAAAUAAUUGUGACAACUAAAGAAGAUAUAAGGAAUUCUGGAUUAUUAGGUUCAAUUGUAGGACAUGUUGGAGAUGGCAACUUUCAUACACAACUGCUAUAUGAUCCUCAGAACAAAGAGGAGUUUGCCAUUGCACAUGAAUUGGAAAACAAAAUUUCACAACGAGCCUUAUCGCUGAAUGGCACUUGUACUGGAGAACAUGGCAUUGGUGUGGGUAAGAUAUCUUUCUUACAAGAUGAACUGGGAGAAAUUGGUAUUCAAACAAUGCAUUCUCUCAAGCAAGCUCUGGAUCCACAAAAUCUCAUGAAUCCAGGAAAAGUUUUAAAACGACAGUUAUAA